AUGGUGAUCAUUAACAGAGAGAGAGAGCUUAAGCAGCUUGUGAACUAUUCAGUUUUCGCCAUGUGGAACGGAGGUGGGGGUGAAAUACCCAGCAGGCUGUUAGAAAUUCACUUCAGGGGCCAAGGAGGAACCACAUUCUUUGUAUUUAUUGUCGUGUCGCUAAGAGCCCAAACACCUAGCAUGGUGUCUGAGGUAUCCCCGGUCUGGCCCCUGUACCCAGUACCAUUCUCUCAAGCUCCCCAUUUUCAAGGAUCAGGUGACAUGGCUUCAUUUCUCAUGACUGAAGCCCGGCAACAUAACACUGAAAUUCGAAUGGCAGUCAGCAAAGCGGCUGAUAAAAUGGAUCAUCUCAUGACCAAGGUUGAAGAGUUGCAGAAGCAUAGUGCUGGCGAUUCCCUGACCAUUCCUAGCAUGUCAGUUACAAUGGAAACAAGCAUGAUUAUGAAUAAUAUACAACGAAUUAUUCAGGAAAAUGAAAGAUUGAAGCAAGCACUCCUUGAAAAGAGCAGCCAAAUAGAAGAACAGAAUGACAAGAUUAGUGAACUAGUUGAUCGAAAUCAGAGGUAUGUUGAGCAGAGUAACCUGAUGUUGGAGAAGAGAAACAACUCACUUCAAAUAGCCACAGAAAAUACACAGGCAAGAGUACUGCAUGCUGAGCAAGAGAAGGCCAAGGUGACAGAAGAGCUAGCAGCAGCCACUGCACAGGUCUCUCAUCUGCAGCUGAAAAUGACUGUUCACCAAAAAAAAAAAAAAAAAGAAACAGAGCUGCAGAUGCAGCUGACAGAAAACCUGAAGGAGACAGAUCUACUCAGGGGCCAACUUGCCAAACUGCAGGCCAAGUUCAUAGAGCUCCAGGAAACCUCUGAGCAAGCACAGUCCAAAUUCAAAAAUGAAAAGCAGAGCCGUAGACAACUAGAACUCAAAGUGACAUCUCUGGAGGAGCAGCUGACUGACCUCCGAGCUGAGAAGGAGUCUCUAGAAAAGAACGUCUCAGAAAGGAAAAAGAAGUCAGCUCAAGAGUGCUGUCAGGCUGAGGAAGAGAUGGAUGAAAUUCGCAAGUCAUACCAAGAGGAGUUGGACAAACUUCGACAGCUCUUGAAAAAGGCCCAGAUCUCCAUGGACCAAGCAGCUGCAGAGCGGCUAUCUCUACAGACCCAUUGGGAAGCGAAAUGUGAACACCUGCUGGCCUCCGCCAAGGAUGAACACCUGCAGCGGUACCGGGAGGUCUCUGUGCAGAGAGAUGCCAACCAGCAGAAGCUGAUGCAACUUCAGGAAAAGUGUUUAGCCCUCCAGGCCCAAGUUUCAGCCCUGUCAGAGCAAAAUGAACAGCACAUCAAGGAAAUGGAGAAGGACAAGUCCCAGAUGUCUGGGCUUGAAGCUGCUGCUACAGACCCCUCAGAGAAGAUCAAGAAGAUAAUGAACCAGGUGUUCCAGUCCUUGAGGGGAGAGUUUGAGCUGGAGGAAUCUUACAAUGGCAUGGCUAUUCUGGGGACCAUCAUGAAUAUCAUCAAGAUGGUGACUCUUCAGCUGUUAAACCAACAGGAACAAAAGAAGGGAGAGAGCAGCAGUGAAGAAGAAGGAGGAGGAGGAGGAGAAACAGAAGGGAGACCUCAGAGACCUUCCCAUGAGCAAUCAGUCUCAGCCAAUUCUGAGCUGUCUCAAGAACGACUGAAUAGGGAGAGGCAGGAGUGCCCCACUGUGCUGUCAGAGCAGGUAGUCAUGGAAGCGAUCCCAUUGCCUCAUCAGGCUCAGGAUGAUGUCCAGAGAAAGAAAGGGGAACGUGCAGAAGUGGAAGCACUCUCAGAGGCAAAGGAUGAUUCCCUCCCACCUGAACUGGCUUGCAGCCCAUCCCAGAGCAUACUGGGGCUGUCUUCAAUUCCACCAGAGCCUCCAGGUGCUGUAACCAUGGACCCUGAAUGUGAGGAGACACCUCCUGUCAGCCUGAUGGCAGCUAAGUUAGACAACCCAUUGGGAAAGGCCUGUGUUGAGGGAGUGGCCCCAGAUAGCCCAUGGCAAGAAAGCUCCACAAGCCCAUCCUUGACUUCAGACCCUAACAAGGGUGAUACACUGACUUUAGGGCCUGAGAGCCCCGGAGGAAAGCAUCAGCCUCCAUCGUUUAAUAAAGAGGAGGCUCUCACUAGCUCUGCUGGUUCCUCUAAGGAGCUGCUGCGCACAGAAGCAGGUUCCACAGAUCCAGGAGCAGCCCUGAGUUCCAGUUCCUGUUCUCGGCAUUCCAGUCUCUCUGGAGAUGAAGAGGAUGACCUAUAUAAAGGGGCAACUUUGAAAAUUCCAAGGCCCAAAGCAGAGCCUGAGGAAGAUGAAGAUGAGGUGAGCAUGAAGGGAUGCCCGCCCCUGACACCCCUUUUUGGAGAUGACGAUGAUGAUGAUGACCUUGACUGGCUGGGAUGAAGACCCAGGAAACUGGUGCAAAGGUUUCUCUACUGUCCCUUCUCUAAGCAUGGUUUUGCACAGCCAGCCCAGGUCUAGGUGAGCCACAGGGUGAGGUAAAGGUGAGCAUUCUGAAGACAAUGGUUCAGGUACCUGAGGUAGCCAACUUGAGUCCCGUCCUACCCGACCAAGUGAAGAGGAGUGGGACCCUGUCUUCAAAACGCUGGUGUUUUCAACAGCCAACUGUGAUUCUGCCUCAGGG